AGCACUGUGGAUGGAAAUAUUUAAAUUACCAGAGACGAUGAAUGGAUGGGGCACUCACCUAGAGUGGGAGAUUGGCAGCUGACCUUGGCUGCACGUGUGCUGAAUGGUGAGCUCGCAUUGAACAGCCUGCUGCUGUGUCUUGGCUGGGCUCCCAAUCCAGGUGCUGGGAUGGCUGGAGAAGGUGACGACUUGCAGUUGAGCUGAGGGAGGCGUGAAGCAUCAUCCAUCCCCUGCUUACAUUUGAGAAUUAGAGGCAUGGAUCUUUGGUAUCUGCUGUUUACUUUGGCAUUGGUCUGUGCAAAUGACUCGCUUUCUGCAAGUGAUGACCUUCUGCGGUGGCCACAAAUCAGCAAAUGCAGAUCACCUGAACUGGAGACAUUUUCAUGUUAUUGGACUGAUGGAAAUUUUUAUAACCUCACGGCUCCAGGAACAAUACAGCUAUUGUACAUGAAAAGAAAUGAUGAGGACUGGAAGGAAUGCCCUGAUUAUAUCACCGCAGGAGAAAAUAGCUGUUAUUUCAAUACAUCCUACACCUCUAUUUGGAUACCAUAUUGUGUUAAGCUUGCCAAUAAAGACGAAGUAUUUGAUGAAAAAUGUUUCAGUGUUGAUGAAAUAGUACUACCUGAUCCCCCUGUCCACCUUAACUGGACUCUGCUAAAUACUAGUCAGACUGGGAUCCAUGGGGAUAUUCAAGUAAGAUGGGAUCCACCACCAACAGCAGAUGUCCAGAAGGGAUGGAUUACUCUGGAGUAUGAAUUGCAGUACAAAGAAGUUAAUGAGACAAAAUGGAAUAAGUUAAAACCCGAGCUCUCAACAAUGGUUCCACUGUACUCUCUGAAGAUGGGAAUAGAUUAUGAGAUACGAGUCCGAUCAAGACAACGUACCUCCGAAAAAUUUGGGGAGUUCAGUGAAAUCCUUUAUGUGUCAUUUUCUCAAAUAGGAGUUGAAUUUGUUCAUUGUGCUGAAGAAAUUGAGUUUCCAUGGUUCUUAGUCGGUAUCUUCGGAUCAUGUGUGCUGGCCAUAACAGUGAUCUUAAUCCUGCUGUCUAAACAACCAAGGUUAAAAAUGCUGAUUUUUCCUCCUGUACCAGUUCCAAAGAUUAAAGGGAUUGACUCAGAUCUCUUGAAGAAAGGAAAACUUGAUGAAGUGAGCUCCAUCUUAGCCAGCCAUGACAGCUACAAGACACAGCUAUACAGUGAUGAUUUGUGGGUUGAGUUUAUUGAGUUGGACAUAGAAGACCCAGAUGAAAAGAAGAGAGUCUCAGAUACUGACAGGCUCCUGAGUGAAGAACAUCUGAAAUCACACAGUUGCUUGGGAGCAAAGGAUGAUGACUCUGGACUGGCCAGUUGUUGUGAACCAGAUAUUCCAGAGACAGAUUUCAGUGCAAGCGACACAUGUGAGGCCAUCUCUGAUAUUGAUCAGUUCAAAAAGGUCACUGAGAAAGAAGAGGAUCUCUUGUGCCUUGAUAGAAAAGAAAAUUAUGAGUCUCUUCCAAGCCUUGCCAACACAGAUGCCCAACAGCCGCGUGUGAGCACUCGGUCUGGCAACAGCCAGCCAUGGCCACCUUUUGCAGGCAGCACUGACUCAGCCAGUCCACUGAUCCAUGCCCAGCUGAGUCACCAGAACACAUUGACAACUACUGACUUUUACGCGCAAGUGAGUGAUAUUACUCCAGCCGGACGUGUCGUACUUUCACCAGGGAAGAAAUCCAAGAUGGGGAGAGCACAGUGUGAAGGCUGCAUGGAACAAAACUUCACCAUGGACAGCGCCUACUUCUGUGAGGCAGAUGUGAAAAAAUGUAUUGCUGUGACUUCCCACGAAGAGGAGGAGCCACGUGUUCAGGAGCAAAGCUGUAUCGACAAUGCUUACUUCACCACAGAGAGCCUUACCACUACCGGUAUCAACCUUGGAGCUUCAGCUGCAGAAGUUCAAGCCCCAAGUUCAGAGAUACCUGUCCCAGACUAUACAUCCAUUCAUAUUGUUCACUCUCCACAAGGCCUUGUGCUCAAUGCAACUGCACUGCCUGUGCCAGACAAGGAAUUCAACAUGUCCUGUGGCUAUGUGAGCACAGACCAGCUGAACAAAAUGAUGCCGUAGCUCUUCUUUGACUAGGUGUGCGUAGUGUUUUACAGCAGAGGGUCAGCUCAGGCUUGUAUGCUGAAACCAAAAUGAAGUCUAAAAGUUUCUCGUGGUUCUUAAAAUUCUAUCUGAAAUGUUGCAACAUAAAAUAUUCAUCACAAUAUUCCUAUUGUGUUCUGUAAAUAUUAUCUAUUAAUUUGUCUUGAGACUGUUCUACUAGCAGUGGCUGUCUUGUUCUUGUGGGUGUUGAUUUUUGUGAUACUAAACAUUGAAAUUACUAUGUUUAAUGUACAGUGAAUCAUGCUUUUUGAUAAAGCUAAAAAUUAUGUGGUUUAAAGACUAAGAAUUUAGUAGAAGCUGUGCUGUUGGCAGAGAUCUUUGUAUCAGUAAUUGGGAACUGAACAUAUAGGUUAAAAAAUGAAAGUAGCUUGAAUAAAUAAAACAUCUAUUUUGAUUUAUACAAAUUAAUAACAUAUAUUUUAAUAUUUUAGUC